UUUCUCUCUCACACACAUACACACACACACACGUACACAGCUGCUCCUCGGAACCAUGACAGAAGAUGACGGAUACAGUUGUCGCGGAGGGACAAGUCAAGUUUAGAGAUGGAAAAAAGUGGAAGAGUCGGUGGGUCGUUCUUCGGAAGCCCUCUCCGGUCGCAGACUGCCUGUCUUUGGUGGUGUACAAGGAGAAGAAGAAAGGGAAGGAGAAGGGCAGCGGACACAAAGAGAGGCUCAGUGUAACACUGGAGGGGAUUUGUGGUGUGGAGGCAGGCCGCGGCUAUGAUGGGAUAUCCUACACGCUUUCCAUCCUCUGCCUGGCACACACGCUGGUCCUGGGCUUCAACAGCCGUGAUGCCCUGCUGGCCUGGGACGCCCGCAUCCGCUACAGCCUGGGAGAAGUUCACAGGUUCAGUGUUGUCGUUGAACCCGGUACCAAGCUGGAAAGCGGGCCGGCCUCCCUCCACCUGUGCAAUAACCUGCUGGUCCUCACUAGAGGCCUCCCUCCCGCCGUCAUCGCACACUGGAAGUUGUCGGCGUUGCGACGAUACGGCGCCGUCUCAAAUGGCUUUGUGUUCGAGGGUGGUACUCGCUGUGGAUACUGGGCUGGUGUUUUCUUCUUGUCGUGUGCAGAAGGAGAGCAGAUCAGUUUCCUCUUCGACUGCAUUGUCAGGGGCAUCACCCCCAGCAGGGCCCCCCAUGGCCUGCGACCUAACCUCCCAGCAGACCCCAACGCAGCAGACGCAGCUUCAGUGGAGGAACGACUUGACCUGGAGACAUCGGAGCUGGAGAAAAGACUCAGCAUGUUGUCUCACUGCAGCCUGGCCAGCAGCUCAGCCUCCACUUACAGCUGCAGCACAUCUGUUGCCGGGGACGACCACAGCAGCCUCUCCAGCUCCUCCUCCAGUCAAUCAGAUGCCAGCUAUGGAAGCAGACCUCCGUUCUGGGCGGAGCCGCAUGCUAGGCUGCACCUCUCCAGUGAGACGGCAUCCAGCUCAUCCACGCUGAAGCCUUUGACCAGUUCCGAUGACCGUCUUUACGCCGCUGUAAUGGGAGGCUCCGGGAGCCGUCCGUCCUCAGCCCAGCUCCACCCUCGUGGUCUCCAUGACAGCGGGAGGCAGAGCUCAUUAGACAGUGGGAUUGGCAUAGCGACGGGCAGUCAGUCUUCCUACUCAGGGAGCUUUUCCUCAUGUACGGGGAGUCUGGACAUGGCCAGCCAGGGAGGAGGGGAGGAGUUUGGCUCAGUGGCCAGCCUACCUGCUGCUCCUUCUCUGCCCUCUUCACCUCCAUCUGCACCUCCCCCAACUCCUCCAUCUUCUCCUUUCCACCCCAUUCUCACCCCAGAGCACAGUUAUGCCAGCACCUCCUCUCCCUGCCCCUGUGCCUCCAGAUCUGUCUCUAGUGCCUCUCGUAGGCACAGUGACGAGUACCAGAUCCCCAGCCUGCUCAGACUGCGGUACGACACCCCGAGGAGCCUGCUCCAGGCCGCGGCCCCGAGGGAAACGUCAGCCCAGGGACUUCCACCUGAGCUGGGCAGAGACAGCAGGAGCAGUGGGGAGGGAAACGAUGGUCAGAGACAGAUGACGAGGGCUCAGCGUCAGGCGAUGAUGCAGCGCUCCUUCUCAUGGGGCAGUGAGAGAGCGCCCUCUGUGGACAGUGAGGGGAGGUCCACACCAACGCCCCUGCUGGUCCCUGGAGACAUACAGUGCAGUCACGGUUUAGACAGCUACAUUACACCAGAGCAGUGGAGGUCAGCGAGGAACAGACGCUCCACUCAGACUGGCAACUCCACAUCUCCUUCUGCGGAUCCACAAGACCUUCCUCUCUGUGUGAGAGAAGGGUGGAGACUGAGUGGAGAUGCUGACUGGAAGCUGAGGAGGUCGUUGCCUUCCAUGCCUCCCUCUGCCCCUCCACCUCUCCCUGUUGCGCUGAUGAUGCAGAGGCCAACGUCAGCUUGUGGUGUGUUCCAGUCUUCCCACAAAGCUCCUCCGUCCUCGCUCCUGGACGCCGGGCGUCACGGUGACAGCACUGUUAAUUAUGUGAACAUCCCCACUAGCCUGCUCAUGGCUAAACCGAGAGAGCCGCUCUACACACAGCUCGACAUGAAGGGCCCCGGCUCAACUCCGGUCUCCAGUCCACGCAGCGCUGUGAGAGGUAACACUUUACAGCUCUGCAGACCCAAAGAGGGCUCCAUCAGGUACGCCCAGCUCGACAUGACUGCCAUGGAAACAGCUCAGAGAGUGGGGGCGGAGCACGUUCAGGGCCGGGAGGACAGACUGACUCAGCUGGAGAGCAGGCGGCGAGGGCCACACAACUGACCGCAGCUCCACGACACUUCAGAACAGUUUUCACUGCAGACUCUCUCCACAUCUCUGAAUAAGCUAAAACGCUGUCCGUCAUCACACCAGUCAUUGUAGCCAGCGAACAGAAAUUCCUGCAAGCAAUCCAUUCCACUAAGACUGAGAAGAAGGAAAGAUGUCUGGGCGGCCUCUUUUGCAGCUGUUUAAGUGUAUUUUUUUUUCAUGUGCUUGUUCAUAUGUUAACAUUUAGCGUCUGGAUGACAUUUACCCCGGAAAUGUUACUAGUUUGUUUGCAUGGCACUUAUUUAUAUCUGUUGGAGUCUGAGGAAUGUUCUCUGAGGAUGACUCGAGGCCUUAAUUAUAAGAGAAUAGCAUCAAACAAAUGUAGGUAGAAAGGAGAUUUAUAAACAGCUGUUCUAAUGUAAUGGGCUGGAAUGUCUUUCACAUUUAUUUUGGGCAUAUUUAUUCUCAGCUUUCUUUCCCAAAUGUGCCAAUGUUUAGGGCUGGUGCAGAACAUGAUCUCAGAACGACAUCUCAGUGACACACAGUCCACUAUUAAGAGCCCCACCUUGCCUGGCUACCUCAGUCUACAUGAGAGCAGAAAAGCAUUCGAUUAAAACAAGCAGUGUAGAGUGAUACCCCGGGUGCAGAUGACAUUAAUCCCGGCCAGUGUGGCUUGAGCAGGACGUGACUUAAUGAUCAGCCAGCAAGUGACAUUAUUCAUCACAACAAUCGAUGCCUCAGCGUCUGGUCUGUGAGAAGGCAGGGCACUGAUGAAUGGAAAAAGCACAGUGUGUGCUUCCAGUUCUCACCUCCCUCUUGAUAUUAUCAGGACAAAUUGUCCAACGUUUGAUGCAAAUGUAUUUUUAUGGUUUUGCCCACCCCCCCGGUGUCUCUGAGGAGAUGAGGAGAUAAACAACGACAUGAGGAUGAGUCGUCUAUUAACUUCCCUGCAGGUGACUGCCUUCCUCUACAGGACUUGUAAAUAUUAGCUGCUUUUAUUUAAGCCAAGGUAGAAUGAAUUACACAAAACUAUAUUUUUAAAAGGUGACUGUAUGUACAGUAUGUCGUUGGAACCUGUACCCUACCCUACUGAAUAUUAAAAGGUUGCCGUUUCAUUUUCAGGUCA